GAGUGUAGUAGCUUCUGUGUAUAUCUCUCACAUAUUCAGCAGAUUCCCCCAUCCGCUCCUAAAGCAAAAGCAAAGCCAAACACUCUCUCUUUCUCUCUCUUAUCUCUUUUGAUUAUUUUCAUUCCCAACAACCAACAAAUAUCAACGCCAUUUCUUGGUUUGCUUCAACAAGAAGAUGAACUCCGAUGCAGUAAUCGGUGUAGGUUUUCGGUGAUUCUCUUCCAUCACCGACAAGUGUUUCAAGCAUUUAGAUCUGAGGAUUUCUCUGAUAACAGUUUCCUAAAGAUGCAGUAUCUCUAUGUCCGUGUUGUCAAGGCCAAGGACUUGCCAGCAAAAGAUGUCACCGGUAGUUGUGACCCUUACGUUGAAGUUAAGCUUGGAAACUACAAGGGUACAACUCGGCAUUUUGAGAAGAAGACGAAUCCUGAGUGGAACCAGGUGUUCGCUUUCUCGAAAGAUCGGCUUCAUGCUUCGACGCUUGAAGUUACUGUGAAGGAUAAGGAUCUUGUCAAUGAUGAUUUCAUUGGUCGGGUUCUGUUCGAUCUGAAUUACGUUCCAAAACGGGUUCCUCCCGAUAGUCCAUUGGCGCCACAGUGGUAUAGGUUGGAGGAUAGGAAGUCAGAAAACUUUAAGGGAGAGCUGCUGUUGGCUGUUUGGAUGGGUACUCAAGCUGAUGAAGCGUUUCCUGAAGCAGAUGCCUCUGGUGUUACCGGUGUUGAUGGUGUUGCCAAUAUUGUUAUUAGUUAACUCUUAAUUAAUCAAUCAAUCUUAGUUUCUUUUGUUGAUUUUCUCAACUAUCUAAAACCUGAUAUUCACAUGCUCCUUAGUUUUUCAUAUAUUUUUGGAGGAAUAUAUGAUUGAAAGCAUGAGAUUGUUUGUGGAUUGUGGUGAAUCUUGAAGAGAUGAUCUAUAUUUGUGGGUAUUGAGGUACCCAUCUUUGCACUUUGUGAAGACAUUGUUUCCAAGGUAGAAUUGUUUUGAUCUCUUACCUACUUUUGAUUAGUUAGACAUCAUGAUUGUGAGUUAGCACAGUUGUCUUCAACCUCCAUUUUCAAUUUCUGUUUAAUAUAGUAGUGAUAUGGGCAGGACACCUUGUUUUUGAAGUCCUGUGCACGUGUCCAUCAUCUUCCUCAA